CCGCCCCUCCUUCCUUUCCGGAGCGGUGGCGUCGCCGCCAUCUUGGCAUUCGGGUUGAGGGAAAGAGCCAAACCCUGGCGUUGGGGGGCCCAGGCGGGGAGCCCCUCCCGCGGUCCACAGCGACGCCUGCCCAGCCUCCUCCUCUUCCCGCUCCGGCGCGGGGCCCCGAGGCGUUCAGAGGCCAGGAGGGUUUCUGUCAGGCCCGGGGAGGAGGGGCGGGCGGGGCGGCCGCUGCCUCCCCGGGACGGGCCGUACCACGCGGGCGGGGAGGACGGGGCCAGGGGACCGCAGGGCGGCUGAACCGCCUGGGGGCGGGGUGCGGAGCGGGCCGGCCGGCUCCCCGGGGCGGGGCGGGAGGGCGGGGCGUGGGGCGGACGGAACCACCGGGGCGGGGUGGGGAGGUAACGGGACGGGCGCGACCAUGGUGCGGUAAGGGAGCAGGGGUGGGGAUCGGUCCGGGGGAGGCCUGAGGCCGCUGGCUUGUGCGCUGUCUCCACCGCCCCCCUUUCGCCGCCGCCGCCGCCGCCGCCGCCCCGGGCAUGUCGUCUAACUGCACCAGCACCACGGCGGUGGCGGUGGCGCCGCUCAGCGCCAGCAAGACCAAGACCAAGAAGAAGCAUUUCGUGUGCCAGAAAGUGAAGCUAUUCCGGGCCAGCGAGCCGAUCCUCAGCGUCCUGAUGUGGGGGGUGAACCACACGAUCAAUGAGCUGAGCAAUGUUCCUGUUCCUGUCAUGCUAAUGCCAGAUGACUUCAAAGCCUACAGCAAGAUCAAGGUGGACAAUCAUCUCUUCAAUAAGGAGAACCUGCCCAGCCGCUUUAAGUUUAAGGAGUAUUGCCCCAUGGUGUUCCGAAACCUUCGGGAGAGGUUUGGGAUUGAUGAUCAGGAUUACCAGAAUUCAGUGACGCGCAGCGCCCCCAUCAACAGUGACAGCCAGGGCCGGUGUGGCACGCGUUUCCUCACCACCUACGACCGGCGCUUUGUCAUCAAGACUGUGUCCAGUGAGGACGUGGCGGAGAUGCACAACAUCUUAAAGAAAUACCACCAGUUCAUAGUGGAGUGUCAUGGCAACACCCUUUUGCCACAGUUCCUGGGCAUGUACCGCCUGACCGUGGAUGGUGUGGAAACCUACAUGGUGGUUACCAGGAACGUGUUCAGCCAUCGGCUCACUGUACAUCGCAAGUAUGACCUCAAGGGUUCUACGGUUGCCAGAGAAGCGAGCGACAAGGAGAAGGCCAAGGACUUGCCAACAUUCAAAGACAAUGACUUCCUCAAUGAAGGGCAGAAGCUGCACGUGGGAGAGGAGAGUAAAAAGAACUUCCUGGAGAAACUGAAGCGGGAUGUUGAGUUCUUGGCACAGCUGAAGAUCAUGGACUACAGCCUGCUGGUGGGCAUCCAUGACGUGGACCGGGCAGAGCAGGAAGAGAUGGAGGUGGAGGAGCGGGCAGAGGAUGAGGAGUGUGAGAAUGAUGGGGUGGGCGGCAACCUACUCUGCUCCUAUGGCACACCUCCCGACAGCCCUGGCAACCUCCUCAGCUUUCCUCGGUUCUUUGGUCCUGGGGAAUUCGACCCCUCUGUUGAUGUCUAUGCCAUGAAAAGCCAUGAAAGUUCCCCCAAGAAGGAGGUGUAUUUCAUGGCCAUCAUUGAUAUCCUCACGCCAUACGACACGAAGAAGAAAGCUGCACAUGCUGCCAAAACGGUGAAACACGGGGCAGGGGCUGAGAUCUCGACUGUGAAUCCUGAGCAGUACUCCAAACGCUUCAACGAGUUUAUGUCCAACAUCCUGACGUAGUUAUCUUCUACUUUCAGCCAGAGCCAGAGAGCUGGAUAUGCGGUCGGGGAUCGGGAGUUAGGGAGAAGGGUGUAUUUGGGCUCCAUGGGAGGGUGGGAGCAGAGUCGGGUUUGGGAGGGCUUUAGCAAUGAGACAGCAGCCCGUGACACCGAGAGAGACUUUAGCUGAAGAGGAGGGGAAUGUGCUGUGUGUGCACCUGCUCACAGGAUAUAACCCCACCUUCUACUUACCCUUGAUUUUCCCCCCCAUUUGACACCCAGGUUAAAAAGGGGUUCCCUUUUUGUUACCUUAUAACCUUUUAAGAUACCUUGGGGCUAGAGAUGACUUUGUGAGUUUAUUUGGGUUUUGUUUCUGAAAUUUCAUUGCUCCAGGUUUGCUAUUUAUAAUCACAUAUUUCAUCACCCUACCCACCCUCCCCAUCCUUGCCGAGCUCUCAGUUCCCUUCAAUUAAAGAGACACCCAGUAGACCCAGCACAAGGGUCCUUUCAGAGCCAAGUGCUCUGAUGCCAGGUUGGAGAGGUCAGAUGCCUCGCCCUGCUGCAUUUGCUCUUGUCUGGAUUAACUUUGUAAUUUUAUGGAAUAUUGUGCACAACUUCCUCCACCUUUCCCUUGGAUUCAAGUGAAAUGUUGCAUUAUUCCUCCAUCCUGUCCGGAACAUACCAGGUCAGCACCAGACAUCUCGGAUCAGAAUCAGAGAUCUCAGAGGGGAAUGAGUUCAUCCUCAUGGGAUGGUGAGGGGCAGGAAAGCGGCUGGGCUCUCGGACACCUGGUUCUCAGAGAACCCUGUGAUGAUCACCCAAGCCCCAGGCUCUCUUAGCCCCUGGAGUUCAGAAGUCCUCUCUGUAAAGCCUGCCUCCCACUAGGUCAAGAGGAACUAGAGUACCUUUGGAUUUAUCAGGACCCUCAUAUUUAAAUGGUUAUUUCCCUUUGGGAAAACCUCGGAAACUGAUGUAUCAAAUGAGGUCCUGUGCCCUCGAUCUAUUUCCUUCCUUCUGACCUCCUCCCAGGCACUCUCACUUCUAGCCGAGCUCUUAGCUCUGGGCGAAUCUCCAAGCACCUGGAGUGCUCUUUUGCAGAGACACCUCCUUAAGCCCCGGGAUGACCUUGUAGGAGAUCUGGCUCCCUUUGCCUGGAGAGUUACAGCCAGCAAGGUGCCCACAUCUUAGAGUGUGGCGUCCAAACGUGAGGUGGCUUCCUAGUUACAUGAGGAUGCGAUCCAGGAAAUCCAGUUUGGAAGCUCGAUGUGAGUUUUGACCUGGCCCCGCCUUGGGGCUGUUUUUUCUUGUUGCCCCGCUCUAGACUUUUAGCAGAUCUGUGGCCCACAGGCUUUUUUGGAAGGAGUGGCUUCUUGCAGGUGUUCCACCUGCAUUCGGAGCCUGCCACCCACGCCCUCGGAACUGAGCCACAGACUGCUCUGGCCAGGAGAGAAACAGCCCUGUUACUCUGCAUUGGGGGAGGUACAUUCCUGCAUCUUCUCACCUCCUCAACCAGGAACUGGGAAUUUGGGAUGAGAUAUGGUCAAACUUGUAGAUAACCCCAAAGAUGUGAAGAUCGCUUGUGAAACCAUUUUGAAUGAAUAAAUUGGUUUCCUGUGACUCCUUCCAAACCUGGCCAAGCUCAGCUUCCAAAGCGGAACGAGCACUGUCUCUGUGCCUGACUCAGCAUACAGGUCAGGAAAGAAUGGAGACGGCAUUCUUGGACUUCAGUGGGGCUGCUGGCUUGGAUGGGAAACCAUUCUGGAAGAGGCAGAUGGGGGUCAAACCACUGCCCUGGCCCCAGGAAGGGGCCAUAGGUAGGUCUGAACAACUGCCGCAAGACCGCUACAUGACAGGGAACUUGAAACCAACUGGCUCAUGGAGAAAACAAAUUUGACUUAGGAAAGGAUUAUAUAGGAAUAAUGUUUGGGCUUGAUUUCCCCAUGUCAUAAUGAAGAAUGCAAGUUUGGAUCUGCUCCUCGUCAGGCCCAGCAUCUCUGAAGCUGAGAAAGCUGUCUUUCAGCAGCCUCCAUGGCCUUGGGCUCCCACUGGCUUCUCUGCGUUUGGUCUGCUGAUCAUGUUGCCAUAAUGUGUUUGGAAAGUGUAACACAUUCUUAGCAGUUAAAGACGACUACCAGGUAUCUAACUUGUUUAACAUUGUGUGUGUGUGUGUGUGUGUGUGUGUGUGUGUGUGUUGUAUAUUGUUUACAGUUUGAGAGGUAGCAUUCUGUUUCAAAUGCUUUUUGUUUUUCUGACAGUAUUGUUGACUGGGUCGCAACAUUUUGAGCUGUGGUUUGGUGGAUUUUCAGUUGUUUUUUUUUAAAGGUCAUUCGCUGUGCUAUCUUCAAAACCUUGAGUUUGGCCCCUAAUGUUUGGCAUUCUAAUGUUUAAAAGCUAUUUAUCUUGCUUUAUACAAGUUUCCUUUCUCUUCUUUUCAUCAUGAUACUCUAUUCGAUCUGCAGUUUGAAUGUAGAGAGAGGACUGAUUCCCCAAGCACCGUCUGCCCCCACUCUUUCCUCCUUGGGUCCUGCCAUUCUUUUACUGGGCAGCCGAAGGCAUCAGAGGGCAAGUGACUACCCUCAGCCUCACUCCCUGGGGCCAUGAAGAAAAGCUCAACAGUCUCAUGGCAUCUCCGAAUAAUGUCGGGUCUCCCAAGAAGAAAGGUGUAAGAAUAAGGACAUGGCUGAUUGGGCGAGGCCAGGAUAGGGCUAAGGCCAGGAUUCCUGGCUGGCAUCCAGUCACCCCUUCUCCCAUCCUUCUCCCUCUUCCACAAGUCCACAGCCGAGACACUGUAGUCUCCCAGCCACAGUGACGAGUGCCCUGGAAACUCCACUGACCUCUAGAUGAGGGUCCCUGGCCCUGGUUUCUGUUAAUUAACCACUGGGUAUUUGUGUCCCCCAGCACAGACUCCUUUCCUAUGCCCUGUGGCUUGGGGUCACAGGGCUUGCCAGGAAGCCACAGUUGAGGGGCACAGACUGAAGCAGUGCUCCACCUCUCCUUGUUUCUCUAGCUCAGGGGUUGCUGGUCUGUGGCAGGUGCCACGAGUGGCCCCUGUGGCUGUUCUCAGUGGCAGUCUCUUAAGUUCCCACCACAGGCAGCUCUUCGUCCCCUCUCCCUACUUCACUCUUUCUCUUGCCUGUACUUUUGGCCUCCAAUGGGCCUGCUGGUAGCACUCAGGGUGAGGCUAGACUCCUGCCUUGCCUUUCCUAUCUUCAUGGUCUGCCAGGGCAUGCCUUGGGGAGGUGGAUCAAAGACCCAGGACUUUUAUCAGUAGCCAGUCCUACCCCCCAGUUGUCUUUUUACCAAUUCAGGGUGGGAGAGAAAACGGCAGCACCCCAGCAUGUGAGUUACUCAGGUGUUGGGGGCCAGAAGGGACAGUGUGUUUAAACAACCCUCAGAGCUCUGGCCUUAAACCUGUGGCCCCCCCACCAAGUCUAGGAGCCUCAUCUCUUUCUGGCAGUCAUGCGGGCAGGGGGUCCUGAAAGGGAAAACCCAUUCAGACAACUGUUCCCCAAUCUACCAGCCAUCUGCAGGGGCAGUGACGCGGCCCCUCCCUCCUCUAGAAUGUGCCGCUUAUGAAGAGUGCCCCACAGGGAAGAGGAGACUCAGCUGUCCUUCAGUAGCUUGUGCCAGUAUCCCAGGGCAGAAGUUUCCACAGGAGCCUCUUGCCCUUGCUCAGAGCCACUUUGUGAGGCGGUGGGAGCCAACACCCUUGGGGGAGGGGGCAGUUCCGCUCAGCACACCCCAGCAUCAGGUCAGAUCAUUGAAAUUAAAAAAUGUGAAUGAAGUUCAUACCUACCUUUUGGGGAAACAGGAUAACCCACCACCCCACCAAGUGUGUGACUUCUCCAUAUCCCAUUGCAGUUUCCAGUUUUUAAAUAGGAAUUUUCAAUCCCCCGUGCUUGUCUAACGUCUGCUUUAAACAGUUCGAGACCCUGUUACUGUUUGAAAAUGCAUGCAUGUUACAAUGAAUCUCCAACCUGAGGAAAAAAAUAAAACUCAAAAAGCUUUGUGUA